GCCAGAGCCUAAACAGCUCAAGACCAAUUUGUUUUGCGGCUUGAGUUCUGGACCAUUUUGCACUACAUUUACUAAGCUGAGCAGUGAAAACAGAGGCCGCCAUCGUCGUGUUUGGAUCAUGAGAGUGGAUACCGUGUGCCCAUUGGUUGUUGAGGGCACACCUAGGCAUAGCUAGAAAAGCAAAGGACACAAAUAACCUUUCGGUGACAUCCAGAGAGGAAGCAGCAUGUGAUAAGAAUGUGCACAUGGUGUACCCAGCAGCCUAGCAUACUCAUAGCAAUGGCCCUGGUGUUUACUAAACAGGAGCCAGCAAUGGCCAGUAAAUCUCCCCGCUCACUGGCAUAAACCGCUCAACCUCAUGCUGCUGCUAGAGUGGCUGCCAAGUUAUUUAUUUUAUUCAGUACAUAAGUAUAAGUAUAUAUAUAAGUAUACUUACAAGAGUAUAAGUAUAAUAUAAGUAAGUAUACCUAUAUUAUACUUAUAUAUGCUUAUUUAUUUUAUUCAGUACAUCACUGUCAGGUUUCCUCCACGACUCUCAGAAGCAAAAUGUGUACAUAUUUCUGUAGCACUGGUUAUUUAUUUGAUCCAGUCUCUGGUAAAUAAACAUGACGUCAGUACUGUCCUGCUCAACGUGUGAGAAUUCAGAGUGCUGUUUCUCUUAUUUUAGAACACAUGACCUUCCAUGCUGGCCAGAGAAAGUGACCUACAGGAAGGAAUGUGGGGGUGGAGCGCCUGAUUGGGUCAUUAGAGUGCAACUUUGGGUGGGACUGCUCUGGGGCUAGCCAAUCAGACAGCUGUCUUGGAAGAGGGAGGAGGGAGAUUAAGUAUCACAACACAAGCUUGUGUGUGCCGAUACAGCAGAAAACUCUCAGGGCAAUAACACAGACAUGUUCUGUUAGCAUCUGAGCCACAAACGUGUCUCCGUCUGCAGAAAGAAGGAGAUAGAGGAGUGAGCUUCAGACACUGUGUUUAUUGAUGACUGGAAGGCAUAGCCCUCUAUGGUGUGUUUCAUGGAUCUGCCAUCAGAGGGGAACCGGUGAUACUGGCACCUAAGCCAAUCCAGACACAGGUCAGAGGUCCCGUGAGGUCGCAUUUGCUCGUGGCCGGCCGCUUCCGUUCCCCAAUGGGUCGCUACCUCAGUGCAAACUUUGUGACUUAUCUAGGAGAGAAGAGGCUAAGAUGUUACACUAAGAUAAGCACUCUGAGAAGAACCUGUCUGAAAAGUGUGAGAGCUAAACAGAAGCACUUGAACUCAGGAUCCAGUGGUCAGUUUGCAGACAUAGGAAGGAAGGUGACCCAUGAGACCACCCUGUGCUCACAGGCUGUGCGACUGUACUCCACCUCCAGCAGGAAUGUAUUCAAAUCAGAGCCUCCCAUUGGCAUCCACCAGGAGGAGAAGCCUUCCUCUCUCCAGCUAAGUGUGCUGGGUUUGCGUCUCGGAGAGUCCUUUCAGCGUCUGUCCAAACAUAUCAAUUUCUAUUUCAAGAGCAAAGACCUGUCCGUAGCAUCAAGUCUUGGGAAUAGUGGUUUGGUUUACACCUUCCACGAACCUCAGCGAAGACAACAGAGGCAUUCCCAUAGUCCGAGGGCAGGCAAGGACAGGAUACCACUGGAGGGAAAGAGAAGUAGUCUGAGGCCAGUGGCAGCUCUACACAGCACAGCCGAGCGUCAUGAGGACCAGACACCCUCCAGACUGGCCACAGCAGAGCGUCAUGAGGACCAGACACCCUCCAGACUGGCCACAGCAGAGCGUCAUGAGGACCAGACACCCUCCAGACUGGCCACAGGGCUGCAGCUAUUUCAUAUCAGUUCGCUCGCUACCAGGUUUGGGGAGAGUUACAACUACGUUGCGAAUCACAUUAACUCUGUUUUCUCUACAAGUCCAGCACGAGAUCUUCAUGCCAAGACAGCGGUGGAUGGAUCGCGGUUUAGCACAGUGAGACAUGGUAGACGGAGAAAAACCCUUAAAGUCACCACCGAUGUCAGCCAGCCAUCAGUGAAUGACGUUGUUUCAAUCAGUGCUCAUAAGGACAAUGCCAAGAAUACUGAAGUGUCCAGCUCUUGUGCCCAUAAGGACGAUGCCAAGACUAAUGAAGUGCCCGGCUCUUGGGAGGAGGGGUACCUCCACUUUGCUCACCACAUUAACCGUUACUUUGGAGCCAAAGUUACAGACUCUGUAUCCGUUAGCACGACACAGCAGAACAGCAGGUACGACACGGAACCCAAGCAGAACAGCAGGUCUUACACGGAACCCAAGCAGACCAGUCCGUCAGCACAGCCCACAUCGCCUGGCCUCUUUCACCUCAGCAACAUAACAACAAGCUUUGGUGCAAACCAUGCACACAUGGCCAGUCACAUAAACCACUAUUUCAAAGGCCAGCCGGGCUUCGAGGAUGACCUAGACGGAGAUUACGUGAACCAAACGGUGUUGACCGUAAGCAGUGGUCAACAGGAGAAGCCAUCUUCCUUCAUGCACUACCUGCUGCACUCCACUGCAGCUAUCCCAGAUCUGAUAGGCAGCUAUUUGGGAGUGGGCUCCAAGAACCAGGGGGCUCAGGCGCCCACCGGAGACGUGCCGACAGCAACCAGGUCAGCCAGGUCGGAAAGACUGGUUUUGGGCCAGGAUCAAGCAGAGGAGAUGACAAAGGUCCUCUUAGCGAACCUGAGGAGCGCCACUGCAUCAGCUUCCGUCAUUGCUUGCGCAGAGGAGCUGAACAGACAUCUUAUAGCACACCCAGCAUGCAAGGCAAUGGUGUGGCAGGAAAAGCUGCCGUUGCAGCUGUUGAAAUAUCGACGGAACUACACUGGAGAUGUAAAGCUUCAGAGAGCCCUUAGGGAAACCAUGGCUCUGAUUGGUUACCUGGACCCAGUCAGAGGGCGGGGCGUGAGGAUGCUCUCCAUUGAUGGAGGCGGCACAAGGGGAGUUGUUCCGCUUGAAGUGCUGAAGGUGAUAGAGGCCCAGACAGGCAGGCGAAUACACGAGCUUUUUGACUACAUCUGUGGAGUAAGCACAGGCGCUGUGCUGGCAUUUAUGAUCGGUCUGGGGCGCUUCUCUCUGGACGACUGUGAGGAGAUGUACAGGCGCUUUGGAUCGGACGUUUUCAAACAGAACCCCCUGGUUGGAACAGUAAAGAUGGGUUGGAGUCACUCGUACUACAGUACCGAGACCUGGGAGACUUUACUAAAGGAGAAGAUGGGUGAGAGGGUUCUGAUUAAAACUGCUAGGAGUGAGAUCUGUCCCAAAGUGUCUGCCGUGAGUGCAGUGGUGAACUGGGGGACCAGCCCCAAGGCCUUCAUCUUCAGGAAUUAUAACCACGCUCCAGGGCGCCUCAGCCGAUAUCCAGGGGGCUCGGCGUACAAGCUGUGGGAGGCCGUGCGGGCCUCUUCUGCGGCCCCCGGCUACUUCCGGGAGUUCCCCCUAUACAGCGAUAUCCAUCAGGAUGGAGGUCUGAUCCAGAACAACCCGUGUGCGCUGGCAGUGCAUGAGUGCAGACUGCUCUGGCCUACUCAGCCCUUCCAGUGCGUGCUGUCGCUGGGGACCGGCCGCUACGACAACACCCAGAGAGGGCCAGCAACGUCCACCAGCCUCCGCGCCAAGCUCAGCCACCUGAUCUACAGCGCCACAGACACAGAGGGUGUUCAUACUCUCCUGGAUGACCUGCUGGAGGAGAAUGUUUACUUCCGGUUCAACCCCAUGCUGAGCGCAGAGGUGUCCCUGGACGAGAGCCGCGUGGAGGUGCUGGACCAGCUGAAGUCGGACACUCUUCUGUAUCUGGAGCGGAACAAGCUGAAGCUGGAUCUGCUGUGCAUGGUGCUGCGGGUGGAGCGCAGCACGCUGUCCAAGAGCAAAGACUGGCUCAGUGAGAGGGCGUGGGAGCUGCGCCACCGCUGGGUCUGAACUGACCCCCCCACACACACACACACACACACACACACACACACACACACACACACACACCCCCGCUCUGGAAUGAAAGGUCAAAUGAUCUAGUUCUGGAAGACACAAGAUUUCAUGACUGAAAUGGUGUGAUGGCCACGGAGUUGGCAAUCAGAGGUGAUUAUUAAAGAAUGGAGGACUUUGUCCUUGAGAUGUAUUUUACAGUCAAGCAAUGAAUGAAACCAAUGCAAAGGAGUCUUCAUUCGAGUUGGAAUGACUUGAAGGGUAAGAUGCAUAGCAGUAAAGAAUCAUUUGAAGCACUUUAACAGACUUGGAGACCAGGCACAAAGCUGUGGGCACAAACAAAAUAUAUCAGUUUUAUAAUAUUUGCACUGAAAGAUACAUAGAUAGACAGAUAGAAAAAUAGAAACUCUUGUCUCAUUAGAGUAAUCCCUGUUUGUGUGUAGCCCUUGUUUCUUGGCUUCUUUCUAUCAUUUUAAAGGAAACUGGCAGCAGACACACACACACACACACACACACACACACACACACACACACACCCUAAAGGGCUUGCAUAAGAGAUUUUAUGAAACAGGUGCUGUAUUCUGGUAAAGUCCAAAACAAUGCUAGUGUAAUAUAUUGUGGAAAAAAUGCGCUUAACGCCAAAGUUAUCUACCCACUGUCACUUAUCAGGGGUGUAAUCUGAGUACUUGAAGCAAUACAAUGCAGUCAUAAUGUUGUGCCAACUACUUGCAUAUAUAUGUAUUAUAUUUACAGGUAUAUUUAUGUAUUUAACACUUAUUAUGUAUAAGACACUUAUUUAUACCUUACAUUUUCGUAUAUGCAAUAAAGAUAUUUUCUCAGGACA